AUGGCGGCCAACAUGUUACUUCCGGUAAAAGUUGAUUCAAUAUUCUUCAGACAAAACUCAAUAUCAUCUAAUCGUCAAUUUAAUGCUCGUAAAGUUCUUCAGUUUAUCAAUGGUACAGAAAAUGUAGAAACUAAAGAAUUAGAAAUUAACGACGAAAACAACAAGGUUAAUCACUUAUAUGAAAUUAAAAAGAGUGGAAAAUAUAUAGAUAGGUUUAGAAUGUUAAUCAUACCAGAUAAAGAAGAAGAUGAACUUUCAUUGGGUGAAUUUGAUAUGAUAUUGGAAACGGAAAAAUCCACCAUCAGUAUUAUUAGAAAUCCAAAACCACAAAAUAUAGGGGAAACAAGGAGUUACGAUUUUUUACGAACAUCAACAGACUUUGAAUAUGUAAAACUAUAUUUUGUUAAUACUGAUUUAUUUACCUCAAUUGAUAUUCAUAAAAGUCAACAAGAUAAAAAAUUCAUAAUAUUUUCAUCAAUAAUUGAAAGUGAAAAAGUUAGUGGUAUAUAUACUUAUACAUGUAUGAUAAAAAUCAAUAUCAAAAAACUAAAAUUUUCACCUCAUCUGAAUAAGAUUAAUGAUUCGAAAGAAGAAACAUCUAUAGUAACUGUAGAAGUUACUAUUCCUAAAUCUAUAGUAAUUUAUCCUGGCGAAGUGUUUGAGAUAGAUUUUUUAAAUAAAAAAUUAUCCAUCUUUUGCUUUAUCAGAAGUUCACUUGAUUUAAUUACCUUAAAAAUGGAACUCGAAAUUAGACAACAACAUAUGAUAGAAAAACAAGCGGAGUUAAAAGAAAAACUAAAACACUUCAACAAAUGCAGAAAAACAUGGAGUAGAAUUGAUUCUGUUUUCAAAACACUGAGUGUAGUUCUAACAGUAGGAACAACAGUUGCAACGGCCAUAACUGGAAAAAUAAUUUUACAUAAAGACAAUUUUAAAGAAAUUAAAAGAUCAAGAGUUGGUAGAGGAACUGAACUACUUAAAAAGAUAAAUGAAUAUAAGGGUAGAAAUUGUUAUAUACCAACAAAUGGUAACUGUUUUAUCAAAUGUGUAAAUCAUGUUUUGAACAAAGAUUUAACAAAUGAAUUUAAAAACUUCAUUAUUAAUUUUCCAAAAGUGAAUAGAAAAGGAGUAAUGACAACUGCUAGAAUUAAUGAAUUCAAUAAGAAAUGUGAAACUUCAUUUCAAAUUUAUACUCUCAAAAAUAGAAAUUUACGCCCCAGAGAUGUAAAGAGAGAAUUAGAUUGGGUUUAUUAUUUACAUAACUCACAUUUCUGUCUCAUAAGAAGAAAUGAAAAAAGUUUAGGUAUUAAAGAAAUAAACUAG